AUGCACUACUCUGCCUUCAUCACCGCUGCUCUGUCAGCUGUCAGCGUUGCUGCUGCUCCCAACAACAAGCUGCCCUGUCGCAGCCUGGACCAGUGCAGCCUGGUCAACAUCCCCUCAAAGUCCCUCUGCGGUCUGACCGGCUACCGCCAGAACCCGGACGCUAAGAGCUAUGACAGCGUCCACAACUUCCAGCUCACCCUCGACGGCUGCAUCAAGGCUUGUGGCACCACCAAGCCCGACUGCAAGUCUGUCACCUACGACGAUGUCAACGGCAUCUGCUACUUCUCCAAGUAUGACCUCAAGACCAUCAACGUCAAGUCCCAGGCCACUGGCUACAAGUUCUACGACGCCGGCUGUGGCUUUGCCGCUUCUGCUGGUGGUGCUAUCUGCGGUCGCAAGGGCUGGCGUCAGAACUCGGCUGCUACCAGCUACGACAGCGUUCACAACAACAAGCUUGACCUCAAGAACUGCGUCGCUGCUUGCGGUACCACCAAGCCUGACUGCAAGACUGUCGCUUACGACAGUGUCAACGGCAUCUGCUACUUCUUCAAGUAUGAUGCUACAACGAUCAACCCUGCUGAUGCUGGCAGCGGCUUCGCUUGGUAUGAUGCACGCUGCCUCGACUGCCCUGCCUCCAACUAG